AAUGGAGCAACUGAACAGCGCAUAGAACUAACUGAAUCAGCCAUGAAUGUCAAUGAGGGGGAAAUCCUACAUGCCUCUAAAAACUUGGCUGUAACUCAGGAAUGCAUGGAGGACAUUGAUAAUACUCAGAGGAGACACAACAUCCGCCUCCGUGGUGUCCCCAAUUCAGUGUCAGAUUUAUCCAGUUUUGCAGCUGACUUAUUCAAAAGCCUGUUGCCCAAUGAGACUGUCCAGGUGGAUUAUCUAUUCAGGAUACAGCACAAAACUAAAAACUCUCAUAUGCCCCGUGACAUCUUAGUUAGGUUACCCCUGAUAUCACAAAGGGAAGCUCUGCUGAAGGCUGCAAGGAAAAUAAACAUGAAUCAAUUCAAAGGCACCAAAGUACAACUGUAUGCUGAUUUAUCACCUUCUACUUUAGAAAAGAGAAAGGCUAUGAGGCCCCUGGUGAUCUGGCUGCAACAGAAUUCUGUCAAAUACCGUUGGCUGUUUCCCUUUGCAAUUGCAUUUGAAUUUAAGGGUUGGAUCUAUCAGUUUACAACAUUGGAUGAUGCUUGCAGGGUGCUACUACAGGAACAUGGGAUCAACAUAUCUACUGAUACAAUUGAUAUACCUCCUAAGAAACAACAGGUUAUCCCUUCCCCACGGUCUAGUCCUACACACUCCACUCCUUCUACAGAUGCCUGUCUGGAGCAGGAUCUCCCUUCUGCUGCAUCACAUGAUUAUACUGGAACCCUAAGGAAAACCCCUAUUCCCAGCACUGCUGAUGUUAUGCCUCCUUCUGUAGAGAAUGGACUGGAGAAGCAAAGCCCUCCUGAGACAAUAUCUACAUCAAGCCAUGGCGACUUUAUGCUUCCGGCUAAAGCAAAUGACCCAAAAACAUCAGGCCUUCCAGAGAUACGCUCUACACCCAUGUCUGCUGAAUAUAUGCCUUCAUCUGGAGACAAUAACCUGGAGAAGUCAGGCCUUCCAGAGGCAAACUCCAAUCUCACCUCUGCUGAAUAUAUGCCUCCAUCUGCAGAGAAUAUACUGGAGAAGUCAGGCCUUUCAGAGGUAAACCCUAAUCCCAUCUCUGAUGAAUAUAUGCCUCAAUCUGAUACUAUGCAGAAGUCAGACCUUCCAGAGGUAAACCCUACUCCCACCUCUGCUGAAUACAUGCCUCCAUCUGGAGAGAAUAUUGUAAAGAAGUCAGGCCUUCAAGAGGUAAACCCUACUCCCACCUCUGCUGAAUAUAUGUCUUCAUCUGGAGAGAAUAUACUGGAAAAGUCAGGUCUUCUAGAGAUAAACCCUGCUCCCAUCUCUUAUGAAUAUUUGCCUCCAUCUGGAGAGAAUACCCAAAAGAAGUCAGGUCUUCCAGAGAUUAUACCUUUCCCCACCUCUGAUGAAUACAUGCAACCAUCUAGAGAGAAUAUCCUUAACGAGGCAGGCCUUCCAGAGAUAAACCCUUCUUCCACCUCUCCUGAACAUAUGCCUCAGUCUGGAGAGAAUAUUCUGAAGAAGUCAGACCUUCCAGAGAAAACCCCUACUCCCUCCUCUGCUGAAUCUGUAACUCAAUCUGGAGAGAAUAGCCUGGGGAAGCUAAGCCUUCCAGAGAUAAACCCUACUCCCCAUUCUUCUGGUUGUACUCCUCUUUCUGGAGACAAUGACCUGGAGAAGUCAGUCCUUCCAGGGAUAUACUCUACUCCCACCUCUGCUCAAUAUAUGUCUCCUUCUGGAGAAAAUAACCUGGAAAAGUCACAAAUUCCAGAGAUAAAUACUACUCUCAGUUCUGCUCAUUGUAUGCCUCCUUCUGGACAAAAUGACCUGGAGAAGUUAUGUUCUCUUGAGACAAACUACACAUGUAGCUCUGCGGAUAGUAGGCCUCUUUUUGGAGAGAAUGACCUGGAGAAGUCAAGCCCUCAUAAGAAAAACUCUGCUUCCAGUCCUACCAACAAUAUGGCUCCUUAUAGAGAAAAUCACCCACAGAUGUCAGGCCCUCCUAAGACAGACACAGCUACUUUGUGUUGUUGUGAGGGCAACAUUGUUGAAAUACAGUAG